GAUGAUCAGCAGGAAGCAGCGGGGAUGGAACCCACACCCUGCAGGGAGAGGACCGAGUCACGUCUUCUGAUUAGUCUCCCUUCCCGUUAUUUCCUGUUGUUAUCACUUAUCGGACCCGUUCAUAUCAACGCGCCUUCGAGUGCAUCUGCUGUAAAAGCUUCUUAGCUGUUACACUCAAAUAUAUUUCACCACGGAAAGAAACGAGCUCCUCCGGGACUCGAACUGAAGAUGAUGACGCGGAGGGGAGGACCACUGGCCGGGAGCGAGUGAGGGUCUUCGGGUAAACAUGCAGAACCAAACCGAGGACCAGAAGAAUCCUGAGCCUCAGGGGACCACCCUGAGCGGGUUCUUCUCCGGUCCAGGGAACCCGGUGGUCCCGACAGAAGCUCCAGUCCAGCUGGAGUUCAGGCGGACAUCGGUGACCCAGGACUACACGCUCACGGCUCGGGUCCUGGGCUUCGGCAUCAACGGCAAAGUGCUGCAGUGCUUCUGCAAGAAGACCCGUCAGAAGUGUGCCCUCAAGAUCCUGUACGACACUCCGAAGGCGCGGCGCGAGAUGGAGCUGCACUGCCGGGCGCUGGCCGGGCCGCACAUCGUCCGGGUCCUCAGCCUCUACGAGAACCUGCACCAGGGCCGGAGGUGCCUGCUCAUGGUGAUGGAGUGCAUGGAGGGCGGAGAGCUGUUCAGUCGCAUCCAGCACAGAGGAGACCAGGCCUUCACAGAGAGAGAGGCGUCUGACAUCAUGCGGGACAUCGGCUCAGCCAUCCAGUUCCUGCACUGCAUGGACGUGGCCCACCGAGACGUGAAGCCGGAGAACCUGCUGUACUCCACUAAGGAGAGCAACGCCGUCCUGAAGCUCACCGACUUCGGCUUCGCCAAGGAGACCACCAUCCACAACUCCCUGCAAACCCCCUGCUACACCCCCUACUACGUGGCCCCCGAGGUGCUCGGCCCGGAGAAGUAUGACAAGUCAUGUGACAUGUGGUCUCUGGGUGUCAUCAUGUACAUCCUGCUGUGUGGGUUCCCCCCCUUCUACUCCAACACGGGCGCGGCCAUCUCCCCCGGCAUGAAGCAGAGGAUCCGCAUGGGCCAGUACGAGUUCCCCACCCCGGAGUGGGAGGACGUCUCUGAACAAGCCAAACAGCUCAUUGUCCAGUUACUGAAGACGGACCCUAAUGAGAGGAUGACCAUCGGACAGUUUAUGAACCACCCCUGGAUCAGUCAGGCCAUGGAGGUCCCGCCCACCCCGCUACACACCUCCAGGGUGCUGACGGAGGAGAGAGAGCUGUGGGACGACGUGAAGGAGGAGAUGACCAGCGCUCUCGCCACCAUGCGCGUGGAUUACGACCAGGUGAAGAUCAAAGACCUGGACACCUCCAACAACCCGCUGCUCAUCAAGAGACGCAAGAGGCCGGCGCCCGAGGCAGCGGAGAGGGGGGAGGACGAGCAGGGCAGCGUGGGUGGAGGGGCGGUCUGGGCGGAGUAGGAGUGGUCUGGGCGGAGUAGGAGGGGUCUGGGCGGAGUAGGAGGGGUCUUGGGGGAGUAGGGGCCGUCUGGGUGGAGUAGGAGCGGUUUGGGUGGAGUAGGAGGGGUCUGGGUGGAGUAGGAAUGGUCUGGGUGGAGUAGGAAUGGUCUGGGUGGAGUAGGGGCAGUCUGGGUGGAGUAGGAGCGGUCUGGGCGGAGUAGGGGCGGUCUGGGUGGAGUAGGAGUGGUCUGGAUGGAGUUGGAGCAAUCUGGGUGGAGUAAGAGUGGAGUAGGAGAGGUCUGGGUGGAGUAGGAACGGUCUGGGUGGAGUAGGAGGGGUCUUGGAGUAGGGGCCUUCUGGGUGGAGUAGGAGCGGUUUGGGUGGAGUAGGAGUGGUUUGGGUGGAGUAGGAGGGGUCUGGGUGGAGUAGGAGCGGUCUUGGCAGAGUAGGGGCGGUCUGGGUGGAGUAGGAGAUGUCUGGAUGGAGUUGGGGCAAUCUGGGUGGAGUAAGAGUGGAGUAGGAGAGGUCUGGGUGGAGUAGGGGCAGUCUGGGUGGGGUAGGAGGGGUCUGGGUGGAGUAGGAGCAGUCUGGGUGGGGUAGGAGCGGUCUGGGUGGAGUAGAGACAGUCUGGGUGGAGGAGGAGCGGUCUGGGUGGAGUAGGAGCAGACUGGGUGGAGUAGAGACAGUCUGGGUGGAGGAGAGCGGUCUGGGUGGAGUAGGAGCAGACUGGGUGGAGUAGGAACGGUCUGGGUGGAGUAGAGACAGCCUGGGUGGAGGAGAGCGGUCUGGGUGGAGUAGGAGCAGACUGGGUGGAGUAGGAACGGUCUGGGUGGAGUAGAGACAGCCUGGGUGGAGGAGAGCGGUCUGGGUGGAGUAGGAGCAGACUGGGUGGAGUAGGAACGGUCUGGGUGGAGUAGAGACAGUCUGGGUGGAGGAGAGCGGUCUGGGUGGAGUAGGAGCAGACUGGGUGGAGUAGGAACGGUCUGGGUGGAGUAGAGAAAGUCUGGGUGGAGGAGGAGCGGUCUGGGUGGAGUAGGAACGAUCUGGGUGGAGUAGGAGCGGACUGGGCUGACCGAGGCUGAUUGAAACAUUCAUAGCUUUUAUGUUUUUUUCACAAUCCAACUCCCUAACUCACGCCUUGUGCCUCUGAUGUGUUUUAACGGUUUUAAAUGUUCAAUAAAAUUUGUAUGAUUGGAUUUGAA